UCCGGCACCUCCCCAAGCUGCCUCCACAGUCCACACCCAGAGCAGAGCACACAUGCCUUUGCCUUUCUCUCCUCUAUUCUAUCGAUCGCCGGACAAGAAAAUGGCCAAGGUGCACCCCAACGCCGCCGACCCAGCUGAGCCGCCCUCGCCGGCGCCAGAGGUGGAGGAGCCGCCCACGGUGCUGACGGUGUGGCGCAAGUCGCUGCUCUUCAACUGCGACGGCUUCACCGUCUUCGACGCCAAGGGCGACCUCGCCUUCCGCGUCGACUGCUACGGCUCCGGCCGGCGCCGCGCCGAGGUCGUGCUCAUGGACGUCGCGGGCAAGCCGCUCCUCACCGUCCGCCGCAAGAGGCUCAGCUUCCUAGCGGAGCACUGGGUCAUCUACGACGGCGACGCCGCGGAAGACGAAUCCUCCAGGCCGCUCCUCUCCGUCCGACGCCACGUCAGCCUCCGCGCCUCCAAGGCGCUGGCGCACGUCACGCCCCACGCCGCCUCUGCUACCUCCGCGACGUACGUGGUGGAGGGGUCGUACGGGCGGCGGGCCUGCGCGGUGCGCGACGCGCGCGGGGACGCGGUGGCCGAGGUGCGCCGGAAGGAGUCGGUGGGCGACGACGUGUUCCGGCUGGUGGCGGAUCCCCACCUGGGCGCACCGCUCGCCAUGGGCCUCGUCAUCGCCCUCGACGAGAUGUUCGCCGGCGGCCGUGGCAGGUCGGCGCGGUCGUCCCUGCUGCGCAGGACAUGGUCGGCGUAGCAGCAUAAACGCGGCUGCCAAGGACACCACAUGUACAGAACGCCUCUACAGAGAUCCCAGCUUGUGAGCAGCGGUGGAGAUUAGCGAUUAGCAUUUAGCAGGCAGGCUCUGUUUCUUGUAGUCAGCCGCAGCUACCUGCAUUCUGUCUCUUGUACAAACACACUACCUCCUCAAUUCUUUUUGGUUGCCUACAAUUCCUUGGUCGUCAUAGUCUUGUUCCUCCAGGAUUAAUGUUUUGAGCUUCAUUUUGUUGAUUCAUCUUUUAGAUUCAGAGUUUGAUACAGAUACUAAGAAA